CCAUCUUGAGCUGCGAACCCGGUCGCGACGUUCAACGCUAGGGGCGGAGCGGCAAGCCCACCGUUACCCGCAGCGGACGCCGCAGCCGGGGAGUGGAAGCCAGGGCACCGGCUAGUGCCACCUUAAUGGAUGCCAUGGCUAGUCCAGGGAAAGAUAACUAUAGAAUGAAGAGUUAUAAGAAUAAAGCCCUAAAUCCCCAAGAGAUGCGUAGACGAAGAGAAGAAGAAGGAAUACAGCUUCGAAAACAAAAAAGGGAAGAACAGCUGUUCAAACGCAGAAAUGUCUCUUUGCCCAGAAGUGAUGAAUCUAUGCUAGAAAGUCCUAUUCAGGAUCCGGAUAUCAGUUCCACUGUACCCAUUCCAGAGGAAGAUGUUAUUACCUCAGAUAUGGUUCAGAUGAUUUUUUCUAAUAAUGCUGAUCAACAACUAACAGCAACACAAAAAUUUAGAAAGCUGCUUUCUAAAGAACCUAAUCCACCAAUUGAUCAAGUUAUACAGAAACCAGGAGUUGUACAGAGAUUUGUGAAAUUUCUUGAAAGAAAUGAAAAUUGUACUUUACAAUUUGAGGCUGCAUGGGCAUUAACUAAUAUAGCAUCUGGAACUUUUCUGCAUACCAAGGUAGUGAUUGAAACUGGGGCUGUUCCAAUUUUUAUCAAACUUCUAAAUUCAGAGCAUGAAGAUGUUCAAGAACAGGCUGUUUGGGCACUUGGUAAUAUUGCUGGUGACAAUGCAGAAUGCAGAGAUUUUGUGUUGAAUUGUGAAAUACUUCCACCUCUUUUAGAGUUAUUAGCAAAUUCAAACAGACUUACAACAACCAGAAAUGCUGUAUGGGCCCUCUCAAAUUUAUGUAGAGGCAAAAACCCUCCUCCAAACUUUAGUAAGGUUUCACCUUGCUUAAAUGUCCUGUCACGAUUGUUGUUUAGCAGUGACUCAGAUGUAUUAGCAGAUGUGUGUUGGGCCCUUUCUUAUCUCUCCGAUGGACCCAAUGAUAAAAUUCAAGCAGUUAUCGAUUCUGGAGUUUGUCGAAGAUUGGUGGAACUUUUGAUGCACAAUGAUUAUAAAGUUGUAUCACCUGCAUUAAGGGCAGUUGGUAAUAUUGUGACUGGUGAUGAUAUUCAAACACAGGUAAUUCUGAAUUGCUCUGCAUUACCCUGUCUGUUACACUUACUGAGUAGCCCAAAGGAGUCAAUCAGAAAAGAAGCCUGCUGGACUGUUUCUAACAUUACUGCUGGAAAUAGAGCUCAGAUUCAGUCUGUUAUAGAUGCAAAUAUUUUUCCUGUUUUGAUUGAGAUUCUUCAGAAAGCAGAGUUUCGCACCAGAAAAGAAGCAGCUUGGGCUAUAACUAAUGCAACAUCAGGUGGCACUCCAGAACAAAUAAGGUAUUUGGUAGCCUUAGGCUGCAUUAAACCACUUUGUGACCUAUUGACUGUUAUGGACUCUAAAAUAGUCCAGGUGGCUUUAAAUGGACUUGAAAAUAUUUUGCGUCUUGGAGAACAAGAAUCUAAGCAGAAUGGGAUGGGUAUUAAUCCAUACUGUGCUCUCAUUGAAGAAGCAUAUGGUCUAGAUAAAAUUGAAUUUCUGCAAAGCCAUGAAAAUCAAGAAAUUUACCAAAAGGCUUUUGACCUGAUCGAACAUUACUUUGGUGUAGAUGAUGAUGACCCCAGCAUUGUACCUCAGGUGGAUGAAAACCAGCAACAGUUUGUAUUUCAGCAGCAGGAAGCACCAAUGGAAGGGUUUCAACUUUAACUUGGUGGCAGAAAAAAAUUAAUGGCUAAAAAGGAUAGCUUCAGAUAUCUCCUCUUUGUUACCAUGUCAGUAGGAACGUUUGAUGUGUUUUUAUGUAGAAAAGAAGAUGAUUCAUUUUUAAAAGCAAAACAAAACAAAAGUUCCCGUUCAGCUGCAACCUUUCAGUAUAGCUUUGUGUUUAUUUUGAUGUGCCUAUAUAUAUGUCUUUUAUUGUUUUGUCUAUUUCUUAACCUACUAUGAACAAUGAAAUGCAUUAUAAAGUUAUUUAAUAACUUAAGGUUGAAAAGGAGAACUUUGGUAAAGUAUGGUUCUGAGUUUUUUUCUCGCAUUUGGAGACUGCAUAUUAGCAGUACAGAUAUUUAUAAUUGCAUUUUGGCAGUAAGUCUGACAGGCCCAACCUCUACUAAAUCUACCUCUAUCUUGAAGCAGAAACAAAACAAAAGGCUUCAGAAGCAUUAAAUAGUGUAAAAGCUAAAUUCAAAUGUGAAAAUAAUCUAUUACUUUAAAUUAUAAAUCACUGUGCUGUAGGUUAUACUGUGCAAAAAAAUUACAACAGAAAAAAGCUAUAAAAUUUAUUUAUAAAACACAUUAGAAAUAUUGUACUGAUAAU